AUGGGGAAACAGAAGAAUCUAUUUCGAUGUCUUGUUGAGUACGAGGAGGGUAUUAGAAACUUUUGCUCUAAGUACAAGAUCCCCCCAACAGUAGAGAUGAGAAUCAACGGUUUUGCAGAUAGGCGCUACACGAAGUCCAAUCUCAGAUUAGUCAAUAAGGCGAGCCUAGACAGGUUACUGAAAGCUGAAAUAUACGUGAAUGAGACUGAUGAGGGUAUUCCGCUUCCCCAGUACACACCUCGCACAGAGCCUCUUUUCGUGGCCGGCAUCUCGGCGGGAACUUCUUCACCCUUACCUUCCCUCAAGAAAAAGGGGACAAAAAGGGGAAGGAAAAAGGGAGAAGGCGAGGGGACCGUUGUAGCAGUAUCUGAAUCCUCGGACGAUUUCGGAAUUUUUAAUCAGCCCACAAGCCCCGAGGAAGACCCUGACGAGAUGGGGAUACAAAGGAAACCCCAGAAAAGCUUGAUGAAGCUAAUGGAAGGUCAGUCAGGAGAGUCUGUACCUGCCAAAACGAUUCAAUCCCAGGCUUCAUCCCUUCCAGCCAGGUCUCCUCCUCCCGCUCCUCGCCACCCUCCUCGUUCAUCUCCACAACCAACGUUUCCCAGCGUUGCCGAGCAGAAAAAACGCAGGGAACAGAAGGGCAAGGAGGUGGCGAAUACGAGCAAGUCUCAUCCCACUCGUGAGGAGGAUGACCAUCGAGCUGCAAAGCAGCAGAAAACUAAGCACCCAGCCACGCGGGGCCAAGAGAAAUCUGAUUCCCCUCAUCCUGAGCCACAAGCGUGGUUGCCACUAGAUGAGAUGCUCAAUGCAUGCUCCAACCAGCUAGAUGGCGAAAAGAAAAGGAGGGUAAUGGCUGUACAGACCUUGUCCAAAUCCGAGCAGGAUUUGGCCGAUGCAAAGAAAAAACUACAGGCCGAAGAGGAAGCUCGCAAGAGCGUGGAAUCGAUAUCAGAAGGCUACCAGAAGCAGGCCGAGGAACAAGCAAGGCUUCUGCGCGAGACGAAUGCCGAGCUGAAAAAGACUCAGGAGCAGGCUCUUGUUCUUAAGAAGCACCUAGAGGAAACUCAGAAGUUAAGGGAGCAAGCUGAAAAGCUCAAAGAGCAAGCCGAGAAAGCCAAAAUCAACGCCGAGCAGGCAAUGAAUGAAGCCGAGCAGAGAGGCUACGAAGUUGGGAUAGCUGAAACUGAGAAGGCUUUGAGAGCCGAGGUUCCGGAGGUAUGCCGCAUCUACUGCGCGAGAACUUGGAGCGAGGCUCUUAACCGUGCUGGGGUUGAAGCCUCAUCUGAGCUACGUAGGCCAGAGAACAUAUAUUACCCCGAGGCGAUACGCCCCUCAGCUCCUCAACCCUAUCAGGGUGAUGCUCCUUCUCCAGUUAUUAACCUUAACGAGGAGGUUUUGCCUUACAAUUCUCCUCCUCGCGGCCAACUGGAAUCGACGGAAGUGGGACUAGCCCCUCCAGGAGCUUCCUCAGACAAGAUCACCACCGCUUUGGAGGCAGGGACGGCCUCCCAGGGUUUUCAACAAGAAUUGGACUCCACGGUUCUACAAACUGGGGGAAUUACCGAAGCCAAAGAUGGCAUUGCAGAUUCGGAGGCAGACCUACCCGCCAGCCAAACCCCACAGAUCCAGUUGAAAUUAAAAAAGUAG